AUGUCGGCGUGCAUCAACGGCUUAUGCAGAGCCGCAACAACAGUCUCUCUCCUUCUACUUUCUUUCACCUUCCACUACGUUUCCUCCGCUUGCUCUAAUGGAAAUUGCCAGAUGCUGGAUUCAUGCUCCUCAGCCACUGAUUGCGUCCCAGGUUUGUUCUGUGGAAACUGUCCUGCCGUUGGAACAACUAAACCCAUUUGCACUAGAGGCCAAGCCACAAUCCCUACUUCCAUUAUCGAUGGACUGCCUUUCAACAAGUAUACAUGGUUGAUGACUCACAAUGCUUUCAGCAAUGCAAAUCAACCGCCUCUACCAGGUGUUGACAGGAUUACAUUUUACAAUCAAGAAGACACUGUUACUAAUCAGCUCAGAAAUGGAGUUAGGGGACUAAUGCUGGAUAUGUAUGACUUCAACAACGAUAUCUGGCUCUGCCAUUCUCUUCGAGGCCAAUGUUUCAACUUCACCGCUUUUCAACCUGCAAUUAGCACAUUGAAGGAAGUUGAAGCAUUCUUGACUCAAAACCCAACAGAGAUUGUCACCAUUGUAAUUGAGGAUUAUGUGCACAGACCUAAAGGUCUUAUAACUCUAUUCGCUAACGCUGGUUUGGACAAGUACUGGUUUCCUGUUUCGAAAAUGCCUAAAAAGGGAGAAGAUUGGCCUACUGUGACUGACUUGGUGCAAGAGAACCACAGGCUCCUUGUUUUCACUUCUGUUGCCGCCAAAGAAGAUGAAGAAGGCGUUGCGUAUCAAUGGAGAUACAUGAUAGAAAACGAAUCUGGUGAUCCUGGAGUUAAGAGGGGUUCUUGUCCUAACAGAAAAGAGUCACAACCUUUAAACUCAAAAAGUUCGUCGCUUUUCUUGAUGAAUUACUUCCCGACGUUUCCGGUUGAGAAAGAUGCUUGCAAGGAACACUCGGCUCCACUAGCUGAGAUGGUUGGAACCUGUCUCAAGUCAGCUGGAAACAGAAUGCCUAACUUUGUUGCUGUCAACUUCUACAUGAGAAGUGAUGGAGGAGGCGUUUUCGAAAUCCUGGAUAGAAUGAAUGGGCCGGUACUUUGCGGUUGUGAAUCUCUUGCUGCCUGUCAGCCAGGAGAAGCUUAUGGUUCGUGCAAAAAUGUUACUGUUCAGACAAGAAAUCCUCCAAACAUGGAUUCAACGGCUGGAAGCUACACAGGUUCAGUUCAGUUCUCAAAAUCCUUAGCUGCUGUUGCUUAUUCACCGAACACCAUUCUCGUCUUGUGCUUCUCAUGGAUUCCAUUGCUGAUGUUUCUACUAUGA